UCCACGAGAUAUCGCACAAUCUCGCCUUUGAACACAGCCGUCCCUUUCACAAUCGCAUGCUGGGAUUCGUUUGCAAUCCCAAUCCCGUCUGGCCUACCCAUGAGCAUAUCGUUCAAGAAACACCACCUCGAACAUCAUCGUUACCAAGGCGACGAGGCAAUCGAUACGGAUAUACCCACACUACUGGAGGCACGACUCUUUAAAACCACUUUUGGAAAAUUCCUUUGGGUCUGCCUGCAGCCGUUCUUCUAUAUAUUCCGUCCGUUGAUUAUUAACCCGAAGCCACCGACACGCCUGAAGAUCAUCAAUACCGUUGUCCAGCUGACGUUCAACGCUUUGAUUGUUUACUUUUUGGGUUGGAAGCCCUUGGACUAUCUGCUGAUUGGUUCCAUUCUGGCGACGGGUCUGCAUCCGAGGGCGGGUCACUUUAUUUCAGAGCACUACAUGUUCGACAAGGGCUUCGAGACGUACUCGUACUAUGACCCUCUGAAUUGGAUUACUUUCAAUGUGGGGUACCACAACGAGCAUCAUGAUUUUCCCGCUGUACCCGGCUCUCGUCUGCCAGAGGAGCGCAUUGCCCCGGAAUUCUACGAGACAAUGCCGCAGCACACCAGCUGGAGCCGUGUGCUGUACGACUUCAUCAUGGAUCCCGCUGUGGGUCCCUUUGCCCGGGUGAAGCGUCGUCAGCGUGGACUGGCCUCCUAAACUGUACCUAUUUUGGGUUU